AUGCUUCGUGAGCUCUACGACAACUUCACGACCAGGAUUUCACCAUUCUACAAGGAAGUCAUUGUCAACGUGAAGAGGUGUCCGGCAAGACGAUACCAUCUCGCCCAAAGUUUUCAGUGCCGCUCUCGAGAACAUCAUGCCUCAUAUGAAAUGGGAAAGCAUGGGAGUGAAGGUCGACGGCCGCUAUGUACAUCCCUUCCGCUUCAGACGACUUCGUGCUUAACCGAUUAUCGAGCGGGCGGAACGAAUGCUGGCCGAGUUUGA